AUGGGGCUCUCAGAUGUCCAUCUCUGGCCAGUGCUUCUGUGGGCAUUGGCGUGGGUGCAGAGCACAAGAUCUGCAUGCCCGUCCUGUGGAGGCCCAACCCUUGCACCCCAAGGAGAACGCGCUCUGGUCCUAGAGCUAGCCAAGCAGCAAAUUCUGAAGGGGCUGCACCUGACCAGCCGUCCCAGAAUAAGUCGUCCUCUGCCCCAGGCCGCACUAACCAGAGCCCUCCGGAGACUGCAGCCCCAGAGCGUGGUUCCUGGCAACCGAGAGGAAGUCAUCAGCUUUGCUACCACCGUAGGCAAAUUCACUUCAGCCUACCGCUCCAUGCUCACAUUCCAGCUGUCCCCUCUUUGGUCCCACCACCUGUACCAUGCUCGCCUCUGGCUGCAUGUGCCUCCAUCUCUCCCUGGCACGCUCUCCCUGAGGAUCUUCCGUUGCGGCACCGGGAGGUGCCGAGGAUCCCGCACCUUCCUAGCUGAGCACCAAGCGACUUCCUCAGGCUGGCACGCCCUGACUCUGCCCUCUAGUGGCCUGCGGAGUGAGGAAUCUGGAGUCGUCAAAAUCCAACUGGACUACAGACCCCGGGACCCUAACAGCACUGCCACUGGACUGCCAAGGCGACUCUUGGACACAGAGGGACAGCAACGUCCCUUCUUGGAACUUAAGAUCCGAACUAAUGAACCCGGAGCAGGCCGGGCCAGGAGGAGGACUCCCACCUGUGAGCCUGAGACUCCCUUAUGUUGUAGGCGAGACCACUAUGUGGACUUCCAGGAGCUGGGGUGGCGAGACUGGAUCCUGCAGCCUGAAGGAUACCAGCUGAAUUACUGCAGUGGGCAGUGCCCGCCCCACCUGGCUGGCAGCCCUGGCAUUGCUGCCUCCUUCCAUUCCGCUGUCUUUAGCCUCCUCAAAGCCAACAACCCUUGGCCUGCAGGCUCUUCCUGCUGUGUCCCCACUGCCCGAAGACCUCUCUCAAUCCUCUACCUCGACCAUAACAGUAACGUGAUCAAGACCGAUGUGCCAGACAUGGUAGUAGAGGCCUGUGGCUGCAGCUAG